CUCGCACGAACACCUAAUAACUUACUAUACAGUUCUGCGAGACUCCUCGAACGCUUUUGGGAUUCCUGGCACAAAGAGUAUCUCCAAAGCCUAGCCGAAAAGUGCCAAAAGACUACCGCUCCCAAACAAGGUGCAGCGAGUCCACCCAAAGUUGGAGAUGUAGUACUAGUAAAAGACGAAAACGCAUCUCGAACUAAUUGGCCACUAGGCCUUAUUACGGAGAUCAUUAGUUCAGCAGAUGGGUCACCAAGAUCCGUCAAACUCAAAGUAGGAACAGAUUCCUUAGCGGAAAAGAAAAAACAAGAGUCACAACCGACUCGCAUACAACCGCAAAGGAAAACGAAGCCUCAACGGCGAAUA